AUGAACGACUAUAACAUAUUUGCAGUACAAACAGGGGACAGGGGUAAGUACUACUACGACAAAAACAUCAUGACCAAAGUCCACGGCAAGCGCUACGCCUACAAGUUCGACUUCCAAGGGCUGGCGGCCGCCACGCAGCCAGCCACCGCCGACCCGGCAGCUUACAAGUACCAGUCGGACCUCUUCAUGUCCAGCUACCACCACUCCACCAAACUGAACUUCAUGAGCCCCCACGCGGGCAUUCCUUCUUCGUCCGUAAUUGUGAGGAAGCCUCCAAAUAAUCAAAUACCAAGACACUUGGAAGCCCCGGUAUAG